AUGGAAAGGAUACUUGAGAGGUAUGAAAGACUCUCAUAUUCAGAAAGGGAGCUUACUGAAACUGAUCAUGAAUCACAUGGAAUCUGGACAAUGGAAUAUGCCAAACUCAAGUCCAGAAUGGAGGGUUUGCAAACAACACAAAGGCACAUUAUGGGAGAAGACCUUGAUUCCUUGAGCUUGAAAGAGCUUCAAAAUCUGGAACAGAAACUCGAUGCGAGUCUUAAACAUAUUAGGCUGCGAAGGAACCAGUUGAUGUUUGAAUCAAUUUCUGCGCUUGAGAAAAAGGAUAAGGAAUUACAGAAUGAAAACAAUGCUCUUUUGAAUAAGGUCAAGGAAAUAGAGAAAGAAGUAGCCCGACAAGCGCACAUCGAACAGCAGGACCGCCAUAACAUGUCAUCGUAUCAUUUUGAUACAUAUAUCAGUGCUGCAUAUCAGGCAGGAGGUAAUGGAUUAGUAGAAGAAAGUCCAAGACAAGCUCAACCAUCAAUAGUCUUGCCACCAUGGAUGCUUCAGCAUAUUAAUCAUUAGUGAUUUUAUAUCAUAUUUUCCCUUUCAAGGUUGUUUGUAAAGAUAAGACCCUAUAUUCCAUCAACCGAUCGAUCUAGAAAAUAGAUAUAAUAGCUCGCUUGUGGACGUAAAAUGACUUAGAUGAUCAGCAAUUGCGUGUUGAAUGCGUAAUACAAUAUCACUUCUGAAUGAAAUGAGUUUUCAUGGACAAUACUA